GUGCCGGUGGGUAUUUAACGGCAGGCAAGGCGGGCUGGCCAGCUCAGUCUGGACACAGGGUGGCACAGAGCCGGGCCAGGGCGGGCAGCGCCGGGGCAUCGCCUGAGGCAGAGAGAUGAGAGCCCCCUACUCACUGUCCUGCCUCUUCCUCCUGAGCCUGGGGGCCUGCUUCCCCCCCAGCGAGCAGCGGGAGCCAGGAGACCCCGGGGAAGGGACCCUGCUCAGCCCCAGCUGGCAGGUGGCAGCAGCCAAGGACGUGGGUGCCGGCCGGAGGGCAGGAGCGAAGCAGAGGCGAAGCGAGGAGCUGAGCGCGCUGCUGGGCAUCAUCCGGGAGCUGCGGGGCUACGGCAAGGAGGGGGCCAGGCAGCGGCCGGGCAGGCAGGGGGGCUCCGAGCUGCUGCCGGUGGGAGGGGAGAAGCGCAGUGGCACCCUGGGGAACCUGGCCGAGGAGCUCAACGGCUACAACAGGAAAAAAGGGGGCUUCACCUUCCGCUUCGGGAGAUGAGGACCCUGAGUCAACCCCCCACCUCCUGUGGGUCACCUCGUCCUGUCCUUCCCUUCCAUCUCACCUAGGUUUGCUUGGACAAAAGGAUAUUAUGGGGGUUUGCUGCCAGGAUCACCUUGGGGAGGGGGGACAACGCGUUUGCUCCACUUUUAGCCCUGCUCCAGCUCUCAAGUCCCUGUUCCCAGCCGGUGCAAUGGAAGAAGAGGAGGGUGCCUUAAAGAGAAGCUACCGCAUCGCUUUCCCGCUCACACGCGGCCUUUGCUGGGGCACAGGGAACGGGAUCCGCGCUGGGUCUCCAGCCCUGCAGCACAGGCAGAGCGGGGAUGCUGCUCCAGAACAGGCAGAGCUGGCAGGGCCAGGCGGCGCGGCUGGGGGCAGGUGGGCUGAAGGCUUACAGCGGGAUCGUCCUGGUGGCGGACAGUCCCCUGGGGACCUGCCUGUAGCUGCUGUCCAAGGCAGGGCGUCAGGGAGGAGCAGGUCCUUCAGAGCUCUCCACAGAGCUGCAGAGUUGCCACUCUCCUGCCUAUUAAGAAAAGUCCCUCCGGCAACAAAUUCUGCUUAGUGUCAAGAUGCCACUUACAAGAGCCAGCUCCUGUGUGCAAACCAGGGCAGAGCAGCGGAGUUCAAGAAAAUCUUGUCCUUAGAAAUCCCUGGCAUGAGCAUAAAAACCUGCCCUGGCAUCACCAGCCCUGCUGCAGUCCCACCACCCCGCUCAUGCCUUGACACCGAGACCCAUCCUGAGGUGCUGUCAGAGUCCUCACCAGGGUGAGAUGGUGAUGACUGACCUUCAGUGUCCUUGUCACAUCGCGCUGGCACUUGCCUGAAACCCUGGCCCUUCCUAACACCUUCCUGGCCUCAUCCCCACCUAUUCCCAGCUACAGCAGAAACUUGGGUGCAGAGGGGCCGAAACAAGGACCCUGACACCUACCCAGGGCCACCAACGGGUACUCGGUGUCUUCCCACUCUCCAGUCCCCUCCGCUGCCAGUGGGGUAGCUUGGGGAAUUGCUGGUCCCCAAAGCCAGCACAGCCACGGCUGCGACGGACAAACCCCACUCCCCAGCACCUGCCUCCUCCUCCGGACAGAUUUAGCUCUGCCAAUGCCAACACUGACACUUGCUUUUGUGCCUGCCACUGCAGGCAGAGAUAUUAGCAAUCAGAGGUCUAAGUACCUGGCUUGCAGGCGCUAAGGGCAAGUUAGAUGCCCAAC